CGAGUGGACAGGCGAGUCUGCAGCUAAACUAAAUGGUGAGGAAAAAAGCUCAAGGUUUGAAAUCCAAAUUAAAAAUAAAACGAGAAUGACUAAUUGCUGUGGUGAUGGAGUUCCAUAUUUGAACGAAGAGAGUUAUUGAUAAGAUGUUGAAGACAGAUCUUGAUCAUCGUAGAAGCAAGAACUUCUCUACAUGCUAAGUAGCUGACCACAUCUAUUCCGCACGUAAAAGGAGAGACGACAUAGCACAGCGGACAACACCGAUUCAAAACAAGCCCCUCGCCUCGCUAAUCCUUUUAUUGGUCCUGGAGAUCUAGGGUUACGCGGAAGAAGAAGAUGCUGGUUCCAGUGUUUUCAGUGAUAGCCGGGGAGAUGACGGUGGUGUUGCUUCUGCUGUUCAAGACGCCGCUGAGGCAGGUGGUGAUCAUGAGCUUAGAUCGGAUGAAGCAAGGUCGAGGCCCUGUCAUUGUGAAGACGGUGGACGGCACUCUCUUGGUGCUCUUUGCUUCAAGCAUCUAUAGCGUUGUCUCCAUCCACCAGCGCAACAAUAACGAAUCUACCGCCGUCAACACCACCGAUCAAUUCCUCAUGUAUAAGCAUUUGCUCGAAGCUUCUACUAUCGGGUUUGCACUGUGCCUCUCUCUGAUGAUUGAUAGAUUCCAUAAUUACAUAAGAGAGCUUCGGACGCUGAGGAACAGCAUGGAGGCCGCAAAGAAGCAAAUUCGAAGUUUCGAGGAUGGUAAAAGCGUCGGCACGGAAGAGGAGAAACCAUUGGUGGAAGAGGUAGCCAUAUUGAGGCCCAAAAUUAAGCAACUGGAAUCUGAAUGUGAGGUUAAAGACGGCAAGGCUAAGGCUUUGGAAGUUGAAGUAGAGUCUCUUAAGAAACAGUCUGAGGGAUUGCUCGUGGAAUAUAAUAAACUCAUGGCAGACAAUCAGAAUCUUCGGUCUCAGCUGGAGGCUUGAUAACAUCAAAUUAUACAUUACAAACCAAUUGAUUUGUGCUUUUAAUUUUAUCAGAUUUUGUCCUGUUGGCAAACAUUUAGGUUUUCAAACCCAGAAUGAGGAGGUCACAGCUGGAGCUAUAUUUAUGUGUAUAAAGAUUUGAGACUGAUUCUCUUCAUGUUUUUAGUAAACUAAACUGGCCUUUUCUUUCUUUGAUGAAAA